AUGGAUAUAGAUACAAGUCGAGUGAUAGAUGAAGUACACCUAAGAAGGCAUUUGUGGAAUGCAUCUGAUGCAUUCUAUAAAAAUAAAGACGCAAGAAACAAAUUCUGGGAGGAUAUUGUUACAUUGUUCGAAAAUGUGUCGGAGGAAGAAGAACAACAACUAGGUGUUGCCCAUUGUCAGGAUACUGUGUUUGCAUAUGGAUGUUUCAUAUUUCAUCAAUUAAGCGAAAGUGACAAAAAUAUGAAGAGAAUAUUUAAUAAUUUUAUGACUUCGUUUAUUAGUAAGGGGAAUCCAAUUAUCGCCGAGAACUUGGAAUGGUUACCAACCAAAGGAAACAAUCUGUCGUUUCUAAAUAUUACCAACUUUGACAAUAUUAAAAUGGAUGCAGCAGCUUCUUUAUAUCCUACAGAUGUCUGGUCUGAAUUAAUUAAAUCUGAGUUCCAGAAUUAG